AUGAUUCUAUGUAAAUGCAUUUUGUUUAUAGCGCAUAGGUAAAAGACAGAAAAGAAACAGUGCAAUGAUAUCCUCUUAAUUGGUUUAUACAACAAUAAAAAAUGUGCUUAUUGAUUUUAAAGGUCAAUGGUUAGUGACAAAUUUGCGAUCUGAUAUAUUGAARAAGUUUGAACCAGUACUUGGAGAACAAUCAACUGUGAUUGGAGAAUAUAUAUUUCAAUGYAAUUCUCAACGUGCAACGGGCGAAAGCGCAUUUACUUCGCUAGUCACUGGUUUUGGUUGGGCAAAGAACCCAAUGAUUAAACGUAUACAUUAUUUAGAUAAAAGAGUACCCAUUACAUUUAUUUAUGGACAAAACACAUGGAUGGAUCAAAGCAUUGGACAGAAAAUUAAAUUAGAAAGAGAAAAUAAUCUUGUCCGUGUUGAGACUAUACCCAAUGCGGGGCAUCAUGUUUUUGCUGACCAAUUUGAAAUGUUUAAUAACCUAGUUGAUAAAAUAUGUAAAGAAAAUGUGAUUGAAAUCGAAGAGGAGUGAAACGAGUUACAACAUAAUUGAGAUAUAUGAUUUAAAUUUAUAUUUUACGUUACGUUACAUUAUUUAUUUACAGUAAAUUAAAAUAUUAUAUCAUUUUA